AUGGCAGAGCGCCGCAACGAGCCGCUGGAAGGCAACACCCCGAGCAAGAAGAAGGUCGUCCACUGCGCGCCAAGCGACGACAAGGACAACGACGAGGACAGGAGCGGCAAGCAGGUCACGCUGUAUAUUCGCCAGGUCAAGCUCUCUCCUCCACAGCUGUACGCAGAGCUGCUGACGAUGCGCAAGCGCCAUCCCGCGUUGUAUGCUGCGAUUGAGGCUAUCCAGAUUGUCUACUACGACCUGAUACUUACUGUAGGCACGGCCCCAAAGGUCGAAGUCAUGCUCGAGGCCGCUCAAGUUCACGUUGAGGCCAAGACCGAGGUUGUCUGGAUCAGAUAUGCUGGCGUCACCACCGACGAGAUUGAGAAGCGCAUCUCCUCGACCGUGUCCGAGGUGCGGACCUUCUAUGCCAACUUCAUGGGCUUGGAGGAGAUGCAGGGCAAAACGAUCGAGGUCUACAAGCUGGACAUUGGCGACCUUCGCGUGGCAAGCUCCUUCGAGUACCGCGCUCGCUACGAUCUCCAAGGCGCCGAGCGAAUCCUCAUCUCCACCCUCGCCCCCCUCAGCCUCAACUCGGCUCGGGGCGGCUUCCACCACUGGCCCGCAAGCGCCAUCCUCCCGGAGGCCACCCCGCUCCGUCACAGCGACGUUGUUUCCCAAACUGGCGAGAUCAACAAGCGCAUCGACGAAGUGUGGGACGAAGCGGCCCACGAGUGGGCCAAGUACAACGAGGCCAACAAUGCUCCAGUGGUCCACGACAACGCCCUCGAGACAGCUCGCCAAACGUCUGACAUCCGCCAGACGUACGCAAAUGGACUCGUGCCCUGUGUCCGCAUCCAGAAGGAUGUUACCCGGGAGGAGCACCAGCGCGAGGGAGGAGCAGACGUUGCCCUCGACUUCCACUCACCGUUGGCCGGCCCUGGUCCUGCACUGGCGGUCUGCCUCAAGCUGCUUGCUCACGGUGCCCCUCCUGCGGACACACUGUCCACCGAGGCCAUUCUCGAGAUCUUGGGACCCAUGAUUGAUUUCUGGACAAUCUGCCUCAUCCACCGCGAUAUUCUGCUGGCCUUCGUCUUCUUCGUCUGGUACCUCCGCACUGUCUCGCCCAUGGUGUUGGAUGUCGCCUCCGCCAAAGUCUCGUACCUGGUCGCGAUCGACAAGAUGCACACCGUCGGCCGUGACGCAGAGGGUAAGCUGACAUGUGGCAUCCUCGAUGGUGACAAGUGGAACGACCUGAUCCCCACUGGGUGGAUUUGCUGGAUCGGCCAGAUCAUCGUGGUGCGCCUCUCCGAGUGGGAAUCUGCGCUGGCCGUCCUGUCGUCUCACAUGGGCAGAGCGCGGUACAACCCCAUGCUCGAGACUACCACCAUCAAGCUGCAAGGUGUCGCCGAAGCUCUGGUUCAGGUCUGCUCAAACGUCUGCCUUGACUUCGGUGCUGCCCACGGCCGUCGGCCAAACCAUGAGGACCUCAAGGACAUUCGCCUCCAGAUUCUCGAGGACAACGCGCAGCUCAUCAAGCUUCGCGAUGAGUACCAGAAGGUCUUCCAGGAUCGCAACAAGGCACUCUGCAACCGAAUCGCAGUCGGCACUGCGCGUCGUCAGGAUAUUGAUGCUGGCGUAGAGCUGGAUGAGCUCUAUCUCGAGUUGGGCGAGACAGGUCACGCGAAAACCGCCAAGCUCAGCACGGCGUACUCGACCACCAUCAACCCCACCCCCGAUGGUGAUCGCUGGUCAGAAGAGCGCGAGGCCCAGUUCAAGGUCGCCCCGUCCGAAGACCAGGAGCGCAUUGCCUGUGGUGUGCCACGUCACAUGAUGAGGCACCCAUGCAGACCAGCACACGUUGGCGACGACGACGAGGCAUGGAGGGUCUUCUUCCACUCCCUGAGGAAAGGUGUGGACAUUGCGCGCGCUGCCGCUCAGCCUCGCGGCGACUCGCACUGGACAAACCAGCUCUCCGAAGAGGCCCGCAAAGCGCUGGCCGAGCGCCGAAAGUCCCGCCGCCCCGGCACACCCCACUUUCCGUCCUCGACCAACCCGCUGGACGCUCUGCAAGUUCAGGCAACCGAGAGUACCUUUGUCGACAACGAUAUCGACAGAUUUGUCCUGUUGAAGCCUUUGGCUCCCGAGCUUUUCGGCGACGGCGACGACUGGGACGUGGAGGUUGUCAUGACCGCUACCUUGUGGCCGCACCUGCGUGCCGGUGGUGACCUCGAGUCUCUCGGCUUUGCCCAGCUCACUCCCGACACGGAUCUCGACUUCGCUAUUGUCGUCGGGCCGAACAGCUCAGACAGCUGGCUCGCCCGUAAUGCCAUUGCCGCCCUCGCUUACCACACCCCCGGCAAGCUGGACACGUACGACCAGACGACAUGGCACGACACAUCCCUCACCCCUUCCUUCGCCGCCAGUGCCAGCAACCCGAGCACCACCAGUACGACCACAACAACGACUGCAACGACGACGAAUACGACUACUCUGGAAGUCUGGAAGCUCGGCCUCGGGGUCCCGCUCGGCCUGUUCAGCUACAAGGAACCAGGCAAUUCCAUUACUCUCUAUGCUCGCGAGAUUCAGUUCACUCCCCAACAGCUCAAAGCCGUGGUGCUCAGGUUUCGCAUGUUCCAUGCCGGUCACGUUCCUCAGCUUGAGGUUCUGCUGCAUGCCAUCGGGCUGCACAUUACGGCGGGUACUCAGCACCUCUGGAUUCGCUACGUCGGCCAGACCUCCGGCAAGCUCGAGGUGCGAAUGGCCCAGGCAGCCACGGAGGAACAGACCUGCUUCGGCCACUUUAUCAGCUUGCUGGCCCCUGGCCACAAGCUGAAAGUCUACACGCUCGACCUUGGAUAUGUUCCUCCUCCGACAGGCCAGAUCGACUACCGUACCCGGUAUGAUCUUCAGGGCGCUGAGCACUCGCCUGUGGCCGACCUGAACGGCCGUAUUGAGGACCACUGGGACAAAAAGUCGACACCACUUUGGGCGGCAUUCAAUCAGAAGAAUGACGCUAAGGUGAUCGACGAGAAUGCGCUGGCUACGGUCAAAGCCAACUCUAUGGUCAGGCAGACCUAUGCUGGUGGAUACGUGUCCAGUGUCCGAAUCCAGAAGGGUCCGACUGCUGAGGAGCACAACCGCGUCGCUGGGGCUGAAGUAGCCCUUGAUUUCCACUCGACGACGGCGGGCCCAGAACCUGUGGCGGCAGUGAGGCUGAAGCUCCACGCCAAUGCAGCACCACCCGCCAGCGAGCUCUCUCAGUCGGAGAUCAGGGACACCUUGGGCCCCAUUAUCAACUUCUGGACGUCGUGCUUGACACACGUCGAGGUUUGGGCUGCAUUUGUCAUGUUGGCUACCUACCUCCAGAUUGUCAAGCCGAUGGUCAUUGACGUGGCCUCGGCACAGAAGUGGGAAGCGCUCACCCCACCUGGCUGGAUCUCUUGGAUCGGCCAGGUGGUGAUCGUUAGGUUGACGCCGACUGAGUGGUCGCUGGCAGUAAUGUCGUCACACAUGGGCCGGGUCAAGUACGACCCCCUGCUCGAGACGCUCAUUAUCACUCUGCAAGGUAUCGCUGACGCGAUUACUCAGCGGAGAGAAAAUGCCUGCCUAGGUUUUGCGGCUGCUAACGGCAAGCGGCCCGAGAAGGCUGAUCUCAGGACAAUUCUCGGCAAGCUUGUCGAGGAUAAUGCUGAGCUCUUCGCCCGUCGUGACGCGUGUCAAAAGAAGCUCGCGGACCGUUUCGCUGGACGCCGCCGCUGA